AUGCCCGUGAGCAGCGUCAUCAUCGGCGUGGAUCUGGUGCCGAUCAAGCCCAUCCACAACGUCAUCACGCUGCAGGAGGACAUCACCACGCCGCGCUGCCGCGCCGCGAUCAAGAAGCACCUGCAGCACUGGAACGCCGACGUGGUGAUCUGCGACGGUGCGCCCAACAUGGGUAAGGCCUGGAUCCAGGACGCCUACACGCAGGUGGACCUCGUGCUCAAGGCCCUCAAGCUGGCCACCGACUUUCUGCGCCCCGGCGGCACGUUCGUGACCAAGGUCUUCCGCUCGGCCGACUACAACGCGCUGCUGUGGGUCUUCCACCAGUUCUUCAAGAAGGUCGAGGCCACCAAGCCCCAGGCCUCGCGUAACACGUCGGCCGAGAUCUACGUCGUGUGCACCCACUACCUCGCGCCCGACAAGAUCGACCCGCGCCUGCUCGACUCCAAGCACGUCUUCAAGGAGCUCGACAUGCCCCUCAAGAAGCCCGACAUCUUUGCGCCGGUCAAGAAGAAGGUGCGCGCCAACCAGAGCGGCUACGAGGAGGGCAACUACACGCUCUUCAAGACCUGCUCGGUGGUCGAGUUCAUCGAGGCCAAGGACCCGCUCGACCAGCACGCCUCGACCGAGAUCAAGGCCUGCUGCCAGGACCUCAAGGUGCUCAACAAGAAGGACUUCAAGAACCUCCUCAAGUGGCGCCUCCGCGCUCGCUCCCUCCUCCACCCCGAGGAGGCCGAAGAGAAAAAGAAGCUGGCGGAGGGCCUGGAGGACGUGGAGGUGGCGCCGAUCACGCGGGAGGAGAUGGAGGAGCAGCUCGACAAGGAGCUCGAGGACAAGAUGUCCGAGAUCGACCGGAAGAAGAAGCGCGAGAAGAAGAAGGAGCGCGAGCGCAAGGCCAAGCUCAGGCAGCGCGCGGCCCUCGGCAUGGAGACGCCCGGCGACGGCGGCGUGCAGGAGCAGGAGGUCGACCUCUUCUCCGCCGCGUCGGUGCUCCGCAAGGACGCCGCCGACCUGCUCCUCGACCAGGCCCCCGACGACGUCCUCGAGUCCCCCGAAGACUCUGAAGAAGAGAAUGAGUGGGCCGGAAAGAACUACGAUUCGUACCUGGAUCAUCAGCUGGACUCGAUGUACACGGCCUACGUGGAGCGCACCAAGAAGCGCGCACCGCCGACGGAGCCCAAGAAGAAGUUCCGGAUGGGCGACGACGCCGACGAGCUGCCCGAAGACGAGCGCUUCGACGGUGAUGAAGAGGAUGAGGAGUAUGGCGAGAGGCGGGUGCGAUUCGACGUUGACGAUGGGGAGGACGAGAUGGAGGAGGAGACACACAGGCCCGCCGCGAGGGCCGACGCGAAGAAGGCCAAGCAGGCGGCGCUCUGGUUCAGCCGCGGCAUCUUCCAGGACGUCGGCGCCAUCGAGGACGGCGAGCCCGACGAGAGCGAAGACGACGAAGAGGACCACGACACGGAGGUCGGUGGCAGGAGGGCCGCCACGUCGCGAGGCCAGAAGCGCGCCGCCGCUGACGACGAUGAAGAGGACGACGACGACGACGACGAUGAGGACACCGAACAGCAGAAGAAGGUGAAGCGGGCGAGGAAGGAGAAGCUGCAGCAGGCACAGCAGGGCGGCAACCCGAAGAAGAAGCAGAAGAAGCAGACCAAGCUCGAGGAGGAGGAGUCGGCGGCGCUCGACGAGUUCGAGGAGGUGCCGGUCGCGCCGUCGGACAGCGACUCGUCGGACUCGUCCGAGGCCGAGCCCGAGAGCGACCUGGACGAGGUCGCCACCACCCUGGCCAUCGGCAAGAAGUUCUUCCUCACCAAGAAGCGAAAGCGCGAGUUCGAGGACGACGGCUACAACCGCUACGCCUUCGACGACCGCGACGAACUUCCCCCCUGGCACAACAAGCCGCAGAAGCCGAUCACGAAGGAGGAGGUGGAGGAGAUGAAGGCCAAGUUCAGGGAGCUCAACGAGCGGCCCAUCAAGAAGGUGGCCGAGGCCAAGGCCCGUAAGCACCUGCGCAUGCAGAAGAAGGUGGAGAAGAUGAAGCAGAAGGCCGCCAAGAUCGCCACGGCUGACGGCAUGUCCGAGCGAGAGAAGAUCAAGUCCAUCCGUACUCUUCAGAAACACACGCUGGGCAAGGCGGGAGACGCGAAGGCGGCGCCGGUGUACAUCGUGAGAAAGAAGCACCAGACGGCCCAGUCGCAGAAGGGCCCGAGCGCGGGCAAGAAGGCCAAGGUCAAGAUCGUCGAUCCGCGCCUCAAGAAGGACAAGCGCGGCGAGAAGCGCGCCUCCGACAAGAAGCGCGGCAGCAAGGGCAAGGGUGGCAAGAAGAGGAGAUGA